UGCUCUGUACUAUAUUUCCCGAGCGGACCUUCUUCCGGCAAGAUCUCUAGCUCUUUUUGGAGGCGAACCCGGGGGGGUAAACAUGACGAAACUACGCUUGCAAAAGCGAUUGGUGAAGGCAGUGUUGAAGUGUGGAAAGAAGAGGGUGUGGUUUGACCCUACUGAAACUAAUGACAUUGCCAAUGCAAACUCACGUCAGAACAUCAGGAAGCUGGUGAAGGACGGUCUGGUGGUGAAGCGCCCCAUUGCCGUACACUCCCGCUCCCGCGUCCGCCGCUACCAGGAGGCCAAGGCCAAGGGCAGGCACUGCGGAUAUGGCAAGAGGAAAGGUACCGCCAAUGCCCGCAUGCCCCAGAAGGUGCUGUGGAUGAGACGCAUGCGAGUUCUCCGCAGAAUGCUCAAGAGGUAUCGCGAGAGCAAGAAGAUCGACAGCCACAUGUACCACGAGCUGUACCAGAAGGCAAAGGGUAACGUCUUCAAGAACAAGCGGACUCUGAUGGAGUACAUCCACAAGAAGAAGGCCGAGGUGUCUCGCGCCAAGAUGCUGGCUGACCAGGCCGACGCCAAGCGCAUCCGCGUGAGGGAGGCGCGCAAGCGGCGCGAGGAGCGCAAGGCCCAGAAGAAGGUCGACAUCGUGCCCGAGGAGGAGAAGGAGGCCACGCCCGCGCCCGCCGCGCCCGCGCCCAAGAAGUGAAGUGCUCCACCCCACUGACUUGUUUUGCGCGUAUAAUAUACCACAGCGGACGGGA